AUGCUUGAUAUUCUUCCUUUAAAGCAGUACCAGGAGAACUACCAGGCCAUUCUCGACGGCAAUCCGCUUCCUUAUGGUAACCUCCGCGGGAAGGUGCUUGAUAGCGAGAAGUUCUGGAAGGACUACGGCGACUACGAACCUGUUCUGCGGCAACACGUCCCCGAAAAAUACCACAAAUACUUCUCCACGCCCACGAAACCGCACGGCCGCCGAUCUUUCGACGAUUCGGUCGAGAUUGGCCGGUCCUAUAACCUCAGCCCCGUGAAAAAACGCGAGCCUUCUUACGGCUUGAAGGAUUCAGAAAAGCUGGCGGACGACGUGUUCGACGACGAUAGAAAGAUGUACGUUUCCAGAAGCGACGAUGACGAUCCCAGCAGGUCGCUUUUCCAGCAAACUUACAAGGUUUUGAGCUACGAUCGCAGCGCGCAGGGCGAGAAACUAAAUUCACUUGUGAGGAAGAUUAGCACAGAGUUUGACGAGGUGAAGGACGAGAACAGAAUACUGCGGCGCGAAAACACAGAGCUCCGCACAAAACUCAGGCAAUUACAGGAGGAGAACCAUCGCAUUACCUCUACAAGCGAGCUCGUGAAGAAGAAGUUCGACAAGUACUAUAUGGAGACAAUGAAGCUGAGAGAGACUUUGGCAGAGCUGAGAAAGUCAGCAGGCUCUGCUGCAACGGUUCCAGCGCCUGCGCCCCAGGAGGCUUCUCCAGCCAAGUCGGAACGCCCAACUACCUCGGGAAAAGCGGUUUCUGCCGACACCAUAGACGAUCAGCUGGCAUCCAACGAAGAGAAAAUGAAGCAGCUCGCUCUCACAACGCAGGAGGAGCUGGAAAAACUUGAGGCUGAGAACUUGAAGCUGCUCAAACAGAAGGAGGUUCUGAAACACAAUGCUGACGUUCUCACUGUUAUCACCGUUGGCGAUGGAGUCAUCAAGGUGGAGCAGAAAAGACCGGAGCAUCAGAAUGCCGACUCAAGCGAGCCCAAAACGCCACAGGUCCAGAUCAGACAUCUGAAAAAAGAUAGCACGCCGCCAAAACCAGCGGCCUCGUGUCCUGUUUGCUCGCCAGCUAGAAGAGCGGACGUUGACUCCGACGAGUUUAGUGACGACAGCGUGCCGCUGGACGACACCAUGAUCUACAAAAAAACGCACAAGAGCAAUCUGCUCAAUGUAGGACGCAAGCACUCUUAA